AUGACCAUUAUUAAAAAUGUCUUAAGGACAUUAUUGAAAUCAUUAUUAAAGUCUAACAUUAAAACUCAGUUUGUUUUAGUAAUACCAUUGUUACAUCUAUUCACCAUGUCUAUAAAAUUUCGCAAUGAAAAUCGUGUGUGGAGGAAUUUGCUCAGUCAUAUGGAACAACGCAUUGUUUUUUUGAGAAAAUGCGCCGAUAACAAUCUAAGUAAUCCAGUAAUUGAUGAAAACUGCAAUCAAUAUCGUGUAUGGAAAGACCUAUGUAUUAUUAAGUAUAACUUAUAUGAGUGGCUCGAGUAUAUUUAUCAUACAAUACCAUCAAUAGCAAUACUUAAAGUAGGAAAAAUUAUUUGUAAUCUUGAAAAUAGUGACGAGAAUGAUUGGAAAAAAAUAUUUAACUUCUAUAAAAGUUGGAUAAAGUACACUAAUUUUCAUACUUUAAAUAAAGUCAGCAUAUCUGAUGAAGUUUCAUUUACUAACAUACAGAUAUUAUCAUCUGCAACUUGGGGUGGUAAUUUGAUAUAUUCAACAAAUGCAGCAGGAAUCUUUUUGAAACCUCAUAAUUUUAAUGGUGAUCCAAUAGAAUUUCGCAACGAGGACACCGAUUUUGUAAAAGAUCUUACAUUUUGGAAUGUUAAUGCUGACCUCAAAUUAAUUAUUGGAAUUACUUCUGAUAACAGCCAACUAAUUUGCUGGAAUUUGGAAAGUGGACAAAUCGUAGGUGCUGAUGCUUUUGAUAAUCGUCAUCAUAUUUUCUCGAUGAACAAAAGCUUCUUAUUUUUAAUUACCAACCAUCUGGAAAUAACAGCAGUAAAAUUUAUCAUUGACUUAGAAGGUGUUUUUGAUGAAGUAAUCGUUCAAGAUACAAUCAUAGUAAAUUUGCCGAGAAAAUUUAAUUCCUUCGGAUUUGAAAUAAUUGAAAUCUCUACAAAUGCAGAAAUUGUAUCAAUAGUACGAAGAAGAAAUAAAAUAUUCAAAGUAGUUCAAUUAAAAAUUAUAUUUAAUGAUCCAGAAGAUGAUGAAAGUUUUUAUUUUAGUGUUUUCAAUAUAAAACGGUAUUCUUUGCCAGAUGUUGAUGAAAAUACACCAAUCAAAUGCCAUGUUGCAUUGAGUAAAUUUUUAUUGCUCAGUUUUGGUUCAAUAUUGUUUGUUCAUCUGAUUGAAGAACCGAAUACAAACCAACGGAAGAAAACAUCAAGAUGGGAGUAUGAUAGAAUUAUUACAAGUAUAAAAAUGUUUAUUGAUGUUAUACUUUUGGGUUUUGAGAAUGGAAAGCUGGGUAUCCAGAGAUUUAAGUACGUCAAUAACAGAAAAGUAGUCAGGAUUAAUUAUAUAGAACUACAAGUUGACGAUCAUGCGAUAAAAAAUAUUCUUAUUGAUACUAUUGAUGACAAACCUUACAUUUUUGUUGAUUUGAAGCUAUUAAUUCAAGAAUCAACACGCGCAAGUGUCAGUAUUUAA